GCCUGCGCUGAGGAGAGGUGCGUGUCCCCAGUGUCCGCUCCGGUCGCCCGGUUAGGAACCCGCCUCGCAAAGCCGGUGUGUGCUGUGAUACUCGGUGAAAAGCCCGCGGGGACCGUGCUGUGAGGAGAGUCAUGGUCUGGCCUCGCCUUUGAUUCAUUGAGCUAUCUGUCGUUAGCCCGCUCCGUUGAUUCAUAGCACGCUAGGUCGGGAGCCUCCGUCUGUAGCCUACCUGUUAGCCUGUUAGCUAGCUAGCAGCUAGUCCGAGUGCGCUGCUGGCCGAUCCAGUCCGACGGGAGAGGACCAGACUUACUGCUGAACACGAGCCGGUUGUUACCGAAGGACGACCUGGUGGUGGCUGGCGGGGGCCGGGAGAAAGCGACGGGGUGGAAGUGAGUCAGGAGCGGCUGAUGAGUUCAGACCAGAGCGGGGAGCCGCCGCUGCUGCAGGAGGAGGCCGACCCGGGACCGAAGACCGGUGGGAAGGACGAGGCUCCGCUGGGGAGCGAGGGAGGGUCAGGCGGCAUGGUCACCUCUAAGGGCGCCGGUUUGAACCCAAAUGCCAAGGUGUGGCAGGAGAUGCCUGCGGUUCCCAGCGAGGCUCUUACCAACAGUCCUCAUUGGCCCACUGCAGACAUGAGUGAGGGUUAUUCUGAGCCAUCGUCUGCCGGGUCCAAGCAGUUCACUGUGGGAUUCACGGCCCUGGAUGACAGCAGCUCCACAGUAACAGCUGAGAUAGCAGUAAAUGGAAUGGACCCUCCAGAGUUGGGCUUUUCCCCUGCUGAGUCCUCCACAGGGACGCCAGUGGAUUCCAAAGCUGAAGAGCCGCCCAUCUCCUCUGAGAAUCUGCGAGAGUCUCUGAAGAAAGAGCUUGAGUUUUACUUCUCUAGAGAAAAUCUCUCCAAGGAUUUGUACCUGAUGUCCCAGAUGGACAGUGACCAGUUUGUACCCAUUUGGACCAUAGCCAGCAUGGAGGGCAUCAAGGUCCUCACCACUGACAUGGACCUCAUCCUGGAUGUGUUGAGAUCCUCUCCUAUGGUGCAAGUGGAUGAGAAAGGAGAGAAAGUGCGUCCUAAUCACAAGCGGUGCAUUAUCAUCUUGAGGGAGGUCCCUGAAACCACACCUGUUGAGGAAGUGGAGUCACUGUUCAAAAACGACAACUGUCCAAAGGUGAUAAGUGUCGAGUUUGCACACAACAACAACUGGUACAUCACAUUCCAAUCAGACACGGACGCUCAGCAGGCAUACAAGUACUUGAGAGAGGAAGUAAAAACAUUUCAGGGAAAACCCAUCAUGGCCAGGAUAAAGGCCAUCAACACAUUCUUUGCAAAGAAUGGCUACCGUAGCAUGGACAGCAGCCUGUACGCUCAGCAGUCCCCGAGCCAGUCCCAGUACAGCUCCCCCCUCUACAUGCAGCCUGUCUAUCCCCAGCAGCAGUACCCAGUCUAUGGCAUCGUACCGCCCACCUGGACGACUUCUCCCACACCGUAUUUCGAAACUCCUCUGGCACCGUUUCCCAACAGUAGCUUUGUGAAUGGAUUUGGCUCAGCUGGACACUACAAAACUGGCCCCAGUUCUCUUAACAUCACUCGCCAAUUCAACAGGAACCGAAACCACGUGAAGCCCCAGGUGAGGACAAGUGAAGUGACCGCAGCAUCCAUAACUCCCGUCUCCCUGGAGAGUCUGACCGGAUUGCGCUGCCCACAGCCUCCUGCUCCUCUUGGCGCUGCCACCACCACUAACCCAGUCCAGACCGUCUCUGACCUAAGCAUGGCAUUCUCACAUCUCUCCUCCUCUUCUUCCUCUCUGGACCCAAGCGACGACAGUGGCAUGUCAGGUCGCGGAAGACGCAGCACAACAUACAGAGGGACACGGAGGAGGCGAGAAGAUGACCGGAUUACGAGGCCUAUACCAUUAGCAGAGGUCAAGGUUGCUCCACCCAAGUUCGACCUGGCUGCCACCAAUUUCCCACCUCUUCCCGGCUGCGUGGUCAGCACACAGGGGGAGCCAGUGCUAGAAAACCGAAUGUCAGAUGUUGUACGUGGUCUGUACAGGGACAAGACGGAUCAAGUCAAUAAAGAAGCCACUGUGAGUCCAGCACCAGUCCAAGCCCCAGUCACAGAAGAGCCUGUGGCCGUCACAAGUCCCGCCCCGGCACCAGCUAAAUCCACCACACAACCACUCGGACCCUCGGCCCCUGGGAAUCGUCUGGAGAAGAGAGUUGAACGGGUAGAGAUCACAGCACCAAAAGCAACCCCACGCGCACCUGUUCAGACGACUGUCAGCCCUUCCUCCACCACACAACCUGUGCCUAGCCCCAGGCCUCAGCCCCCUGCUGCCGCCACACCAGUGACGCCCAGCACCCCAGUCCCUGCUGCUGCAGCCCCUAGUCCCACCCCUGCACAGGAGCUACGUAAGCUCAGCUAUGCAGAGGUGUGCCAACGGCCACCCAAGGACCCUCCCCUUGCUGCCCCUGCCCCAGCUUCCUCCGGCACUGCGUCGGGUCAGCCAUUACGCGAGCUUCGUGUUAAUAAGGCUGAAGAGGCGGGCUCCAGUGGUGGUCCUGGAGAAAAGCAAGAGAAAGGCCAUGACAGGGAGGGGGGCUGGGAAUUCAAGGAGAGCCGGCCGCCACGUGAACGUGACUCUCAAGGCUACUAUCGCAGCAAUGGCCCCAGAGGCGCCGGGGCCCUGAAGUUUCGGGACCAGAGGCGCCCGCCUCCGGCCCGACGCCACUCUCCCCAGGGAGGCUACAGGCAUACUGGCAAGGAGCAGAAUAUCCCACCAGUUUCGCCAAAGUAAAAACUUGAUAUGAAUCGAAAAAAUAUGUAUGAAUAUACAUGGAUAUAUAUAAUUAUAUAAAAAUGAAUAACAUAAAAGCAACAACAUUAAGGUAGCCACCUUCCCCCCUGGAACUUGUCCAAUGAGAAGCUUCUAAAAUGACUAAGACCAGGACAUCCAGGACUAAUGGGCGAAAUGACAUCUGAAGAACUUUGACGAGUGAUUUUGAAAAGGAAACAAAUCUUUUGUUUUGUCCUCCAGCAUUAUGCUAAUCACAAUUAAGUGUGAUUUAUCUGGAGGCCGUCUCAUUUGUGCUCUGCUGGGGAAAGGUGGGAUGCUGGGCCGCGUAAACGGCCCUCUACCUUUUUUUUGAUUUAAAAGAAUAGAUGUUGGUCUGCAAGAACAAUAUGCACUAAGAAGAAAAGAACAUGCAUAUUUGUCAUGUACAUAUACAAAGAUAUCACUAACACGCAAUGAGACAUCAGUUUUUCUUUGUUUUGUUUUGUGUGCUUAGGGUCGCAAGUAUGACUGAAGCGUUGACUGAUGUCUGUGUAUGCAUUGAUAGUGAAACAAAAUGAUUGAAGUGCUACAGUGUGCCGUUGCACUGAUGUAAUGAAAUGGAUGAUUUUUUUUUUUUUGAUUUUUACAUCAGAGAUAAAGAGUCAUUGUCCUGGAACUGGACAGUGUGGUCUUCUAAUGUAUAAUAAUGAAAUGUGUUCUAUAGUGGUAUUUUGAUCUUGGUUCAUGAUUGGCUUCAACUGUAAGAGUCAGAUAUCAGAAACAUUGAUGUUCGCCGCAGUCCCAUGUGUGGUUUUGUUCGAAGCCGAAAUCCACUUUGGGGUUCUCACUGGCUUGUCAGCCACGGUGAAUCUGCUAGCCUGGUCCAAAGUUUUUUAUGUUUCAGUUUUAUCUUUGCUAUCUAUCUGAAAUGUUUUGGGUGUACCCACUCCAUUGGAUUUAAACUGUCAUGUUGAUAAUCAGUCAGAUUCUCUGUUUACAUGUUUGUUUGGGUUGUAGGGUGAUGUAUUUCAUGAGAGCGAGGAGGGGGGAAAAAAAGAAUAGGUUAAAGGUAAGAUUCAGUGCGCCUGGUGGCCUAGGUGAGGUUUGGCUUUUCUACAUCACAGGAUAUCCAGGUUAAGCUUAUAUCUGUGAAUUGUUCUCAACAAUGGCAUAGUGUCAAAAAUAGACCAAGGAGUACUGUUAGCUGAGGAUGAAAUUUGGCAGCCGGUUUUUGGGUAUAACGAGAAUUGGAAAAAUGUUCACGUGCUAUGUGCCAGCUGCCUACGAUCGUAGUGUGCUAGGAUACAGUUUCGAUUUUUAUUGACGAGAUCUGCUGAAUAAUGUAGUCUUGGGGAAACUUUUUGGCCCAGUGAAACUUGAUUUUGAAGGAGCUAUAGAAGUGUAGUUGCCUAUGCUAUAUUAUAAUAACCCUUCACUAGAGAUGUGUGUGGGAGAAUGUAAUUGUUCUAGUUGAGAAAUUACAGCGGGAGGCUUUUGACAGCAGGUUAUCUACCUGAUUUGUUUUGUGCUUUUAGGGUGAGUUUGCUGUGUUUUCUUUUCUUUUUUUUAACUUUUAAAAAACAAACAGGUUGACUUAGAAUUUGAAGUUUGACUCACUGUAUCUAUUGCUUUUUAAGUUUAUUUAUUUUAAAUCUGAUGCGCAACGCUUUUCUCCCAAUCUUGGUAGGCUGGUUUCCCCAAAGUUGUGUGAAAUCGCAUUGGCAAAAAUAAAAACUCACACAUGACAUUUAUUUACUGUUCCGAGAUGUCAGCUGAGAGAAAAUAUUUGAUGCAUUGACCUCGGGUUUAGUAAUGCAGUAAACGAGUAACCAAUCACUGGGGCUGUUAUUCCUUUUUAUUAAUGAGUAUGAGCUGCUAGUGAUUUAGUCUAAUUAAAUAAAUGCACUAACUUGUUUUUAAAAGAAUCUUACCUGAGAGACAGGUGAAAUCAUUUUAGAAGCAUAUGGUUGAUGUUGACAGGCUUGCAAACACCAUCAGGAGAUGCUUCUCCCCUCCAUAUGUUUGGGUUAUUUUCUGUUAAUUUGGGUUGUGGUGGCAAAAAAGGAAAUAUAGUAUUGGAUCAACCAAGUGUUUGAGACACAAUCCUAGAACUGUAUGAAAUGUCACCAAAAAUAAAUUAUUUUGAUUUGGC